AUGCCCAACCGCAAUCAAAUCAAUCCGAAUGAUUUUUCUGAUAAAGAGUCAAUUUAUAAAAAUAUCAAUGUGGAGAUUUUUAAAACGAAAUGGAAAUCAUCAGAUCUAGAUGUGGUUAUCAAAAAUUUUUUUGAAAAUAAUAGCGAAUUUCAAAAUGAAUUUAAUAUUAUCUCAAAUUUAAGAGUCAGUCAUCUAAACAUUAUUACCUUUUAUGGAUGUUGUUCUGACAACCAUCUCAAUUUAGUUUUUGAAUAUGCGGACCAGGGAAAUCUAAGAGAAUAUCUAGAUAAAUUUGAUUGCUUAACAUGGAAUGAAAAGAUUAAGCUUUGUAAAGAUAUUACUCAUGGUCUAUAUUUUUUACAUAAUUGCGAUGUGAUUCAUAAAGAUAUAUGGCCCAAGAAUAUUUUAAUUUCACAAC